ACCAGACAGCGCCAGUACGAAAACGACCACGAAGCAGAGAGCACGUACAGGCUCCAUCGAGGGCUUUCCUACGCAGUUAUCGAAGCUACUUUGGAAAAACGAUUGACAUCCUGAUAACGGCUCUGCCUUCGUCAGCGAAGGCUUGUUUCUACGGGGGGCUAGCCCGUUGGGCUCUCUCGGGCCGCAACCGCGGGGAGAUGUCGAUUCGGACGGUUGCUCUUCGUCUUUUGCAAAAUGGUCGGUCUCUGCUGCAUUCCAUCAGGAAUACCGAUCGUUUCUACGCUAAUUGCCACCCAAGGAACUACCACGACAAGAUACACGUUGUUCAAGUAGGCAAGUCCCAGGGCUACCUGCCCCAGGGUACCAGCAAUGUGUCAGCCACAGGAAGGCACAUCGGUUACUUGGGAGCUCAAGCUCGACGGAUCUUUGUCGACAACAUCCUGAAGAGGGUCACCAACACUCUAGCAGCUGACUUAAGAAGACGUGCAGCCAGCAGACUGGUGUUCGGUGACUCUGCUCCCUUCUUUGCCUUGGUCGGUGUGUCUCUGGCAUCUGGUACUGGAAUAUUGACAAAGGAUGACGAACUUGAGGGUGUCUGCUGGGAAAUUCGAGAAGCAGUGUCAAAGUUGCAAUGGAACACUCCCCAAAACGAUAAGAAUUACGAAAUUAUCAAGGACGACGAGAAGUCUGUCUCUCUGGCGGAUUUCGUGAUUGGUCCUGCCAUCGCUAAAGGUUGUUCAGCUGUCGUCUAUGCCACAAAGUUCAAAAAUCCAAAUGCAGACGAUCCUCGGAUCACAAUCGAUAAAGAAACCACAGAUGUAACCGCAUUUCCAUUGGCCUUGAAAAUGAUGUUUAAUUACGACGCCGAAUCUAACGCCCUGUCCAUUUUGAGAGCCAUGUAUCGCGAGACUGUACCAGCUAGGAAACAUAUUAAUAACGAAGAAUUAUCCGAGUGGGAAGCCAAGAUGGAGGAGAAGAAAGCAAAACUGCCUCCACACCCAAACAUCGUAGCAAUCUAUUAUGCCUUCGCAGACCAAAUACCAGCAUUACCUGGUUCGCUGGGAAUGUACCCAGAUGCUCUUCCUGCUCGCAUCAAUCCUCAAGGAUCCGGACGAAACAUGAGCCUGUUCCUUCUCAUGAAAAGGUAUGACAUUACAUUGCAGCAGUACUUGAGAGACCGUAACACGAAUAUCAGAGAAUCGAUACUGCUGCUCGCUCAGUUACUGGAAGGUGUGGCUCAUAUGAAUGCUCAUGGUAUCGUGCACAGAGAUCUGAAGAGUGACAAUAUUCUGCUAGACUUGUCCGAAGAAACAGAUAACUGUCCAUCGUUGGUGAUCACGGAUUUCGGAUGUUGCCUAGCUGAUAAAGGUCACGGUUUGUACCUGCCUUACAACAGUCAUGAUACAGACAGAGGAGGGAAUAUUGCCCUGAUGGCACCGGAAGUCAUCACAGCGGAACCUGGACCCUUCACUAGCAUCAAUUACACUAAAGCUGAUCUUUGGACAGUGGGAACUAUAGCGUAUGAGAUAUUUGGUAUGAAGAAUCCGUUUUACAACGUCAACAAGGAGAAGUCGUCUUUAAAGAAUUAUAACUACAAGGAGAACGAUCUUCCGCCCCUACCCAGUGUCGUACCAACAAUCGUUGUCGCGUUGAUUAGGAAUAUAUUGUCUCGAAGCUUGUACAAGAGACUCGAUACUGAAACUGCAGCAACUGUUAUACAGUUGCAUCUGUGGGCCCCUAGUGCUUGGUUCAGGAGCGAAGGAAAACUUCCCUCAAGUAACGAGGUGAUGCAAUGGCUACUGUGCUUAACAACGAAAGUCCUCUGCGAAGGACGCAAUUCGUCUCCACCGUCUGAUACGAUCUACAAUAUAAACCUUGAAGAUGGAAAGAACUCUUAUCACCGAUCCAUAUCCACCAGGUCCUGUGGAAGACGUACCAUGCCAGAAUAUCAACUGAUAGCGAGCUUCCUCGGAAGAGUCACGCUUAGCAACGUUAGAAAUGCUUUAAAGUGGAUGCAAAAGAAUGUAUAAUUUUCUAGUAAACGUUUAUAAAGUUGUCGCUAAAAAACAAAAGAGUAACAACGAAAGUAUUUGUUUUCCGCAUAUCGAGGAACGGAGGCUGUACUUAUGGUUGUCUGUCGACGUGAAACAAAGAUUGUUAACAUAUUUUUAUACAACCGGUUUUACCAAAUUAUCGUUAACGUUCCUGAGUUGCUUUUUAGUUAAUUUAUUUUUGAUACACCAACAGAUACAAGUAUAAAAUUAAAUACGACGUUUAAUUGAAAUUAUUUUGUAUCGCAUUCUAAUUCAACGAUGCUUGAAAGUAUUGCAAGAGUAUUUAUUUUCUCUAUUUUAACAUUUUGUUUAUUUUACAAUGAUCGCAUGUAAAGUUGUUAUUUUAAUUGCACGGAGGACGAUCUUUCUCGUUUGCAAAGAUGGCUCGCUCCGUGGUUAAAUUUCGAUGUAACACUUAUUAUUUCGAGGCUAUGAGUCAACCACGCAACAAAUGUAAAUAUUAUCGCCAACAGGAGUUGAAUUCGAGUUACUGUAUAAAGGCUGUUCAAUAAAAAAGCUUGUAAAU